AGAAAGGAACAAGCUGGAAUCUACUGGAUAUCAUCAACCUUACACAUAUAGGAGGGGAGGAGAGGAGGGAGGAGAGAGGAAAGGAGGAGAGGAGGGAGGAGAGAGGGAAGGAGGAGAGGAGGGAGGAGAGAGGGAAGGAGGAAAGAGGGGCUGAGAGAGGUGAAGAAACAAAUGAUGAGACCAGAGAAGACAAGAGGGAAGCUGAGGUCUUGUCUCUCCUCUCCCGUCGUCUUCUUCGCUCCGCCUCUCCUCUCUCCUCCGUGGUCAUCCUUGGUUCCGACCCAGAAUGUCUCUCUUCUGUCCUCCGUUGCGCCCAGCGUCUCACUCCCUCACUCCCCACACUGCAGUGGAUUAUGGGUAACCCUCUGUCACCUGACUCUCUCCUCUCGCUGGGCGGGCCCCUCGGCCUAUUGGCUUAUGGAGAGGUGGGUCGUAAGCCCAUCACCUUCUUCAUCCGAGACGCGCUGCGGUUGAUUGGCCAGGCGGUGACGUCGGCCAGUGAGGUGAGGCCAGACCUGGCUCUGAUCCAGAACCUGGUCAACUGUUACGACAAACCUAACAAAGAGGAAGUGCCCUCGUCUGGACAGUACCUGGCCAGGUUCCUCUCCAACACGUCGUUCCAGGGUUCUACGGGCACGGUCCGUGUGGCACCUGCUCUCUCCCAGGUCCUCUCCUCCCAGCUGUACCACGUGUGGAGCCUGAAGAGAGGUCCUCUUGGCCAGCCGUCCUGGGUCACCGUGGCCCACUGGACCACCGGGCGCCUACAGCUGGACGAGGGGGUGUUGGGGCUGGGGGUCGGGGCUGGCCUGGGGCUAGGCCCAGGGAGGAGGACAGGGUCCGGGUCUGGGUUAGGGGUCCAGAGAGGGGAUAGGGACAGAGAUAACAGUCCUGGAGGGAGAUGGAGGCCGGGGCUACAGAUGGCGGGCCGGAGAUUAAGGGUCGUGACCCUGGUGGAGCAUCCCUUCGUGUUCACUAGAGAGGUGGAUGAGGACGGGCUGUGUCCCGCUGGUCAGCUGUGUCUGGACCCGAGGACUAACCGCUCAGAUCUACUGGACUCACUGUUCGGUCACCUGCACCAGACCAAUACAACCACCACCACUACUGACCACAACCCAACAGAGGACCUGCGGAAGUGUUGCUAUGGUUACGUUAUUGACCUGUUGGAGAAGCUGUCGGAGGACCUGAUGUUCACCUUUGACCUUUACAUCGUGGGAGACGGGAAGUACGGAGCGAUGAGCAGCACUGGGAGUUGGUCCGGUCUGGUGGGAGACCUGCUGAGUGGAACAGCAGACAUGGCUGUGACAUCAUUCUCCAUCAACUCAGCCAGGAGCAGAGUUAUAGACUUCACCUCUCCAUUCUACUCUACCUCUCUGGGGAUACUGGUGCGUAGCCAGGACACAUCAGCCCCUAUUGGGGCUUUCAUGUGGCCUCUCCAUUGGUCCAUGUGGGUGGGCAUCUUCGUCACUCUUCAUCUUACCGCACUCUUCCUCACCGUCUAUGAGUGGAACAGUCCCUUUGGUAUGACUCCUCAUGGCAGGAACAGACUCAGAGUGUUCUCCUACUCCUCAGCCCUCAACCUCUGCUACGCCAUCCUGUUUGGACGCACUGUCGCUACUAAGACUCCUAAGUGUUGGACCAGUAGGUUCCUGAUGAACCUGUGGGCCAUCUUCUGUCUGCUGGUGUUGUCCAGUUAUACAGCUAACCUGGCUGCUGUCAUGGUGGGGGAGAAAACCUUUGAACAGGUGUCUGGGAUUCAUGACGAGAAGCUGCACCACCCAUCCCGUGGGUUCAGGUUUGGGACAGUCAGAGAGAGCUCUGCAGAGGACUACAUGAGGAAGAGUUUCUCUGCUAUGCAUGACUACAUGAGACGUUACAACCAACCCACCACACCAGACGGAGUGGACAUGUUAAAGACAGAUCCUCCCCUACUAGAUGCCUUCAUCAUGGAUAAAGCUCUAUUGGACUAUGAAGUCUCCAUCGAUGCUGAGUGUAAACUAGCAACUGUGGGCAAGCCUUUCGCUAUAGAGGGGUAUGGUAUAGGUGUUGCCCAAGGCUCUCCUCUCACUGCCAACGUGUCUGAAUUCAUCAGUCGCUACAAGUCAGAAGGGUACAUGGACAUAUUACAUGAGAAAUGGUACAAGGUGGUGCCAUGUGGGAAGCGAGUGUUCACUAACACUGAGAAUUUAUCGAUGGGGAUAGAUCAUUUCUCAGGCCUGUUUGUGAUGUUGUGUGUGGGGGUGGUUGGAGCCAUUUUUACCUUGGCAGCUGAACACACCUUCUAUCACCUAGCCCUGCCCCGGCUACGGCGGUCACACACACUCACCUACUGGUUGCAUACCAGCCAGAAGAUCCAUCGAGCCCUGAACACCCCUUACAAGGACGUAGGGAAAGAGUUGAUUGGCCUGGACCACAAUCCCUCCCCUUGUGUCUCUGACAGCUGCAGCCUCCACAGACACCAGCAGCCUCGCCCUCCUCCUCCCCCGUCUUCCCCCCUGCCUGCCCCCCCUCCUCCUCAGCCCUCCUCUCCUGCCCGGGACAUCAAGGAGAACAAGAGGGUCCACUUUGAUCUGGAGAGUCUACACAGCUACCGUCUACACACACACACCGCCUCGUUCUGGGGACGUCCUGGCAUGGUGGGGCGACACGGCCUGGGAGGGUGUCUGGGUGGUUUAUCUCCUCCUCAGGUUAGCCUGCAUGCUAACGGUGGCCCAGCAUCGGCCCUGGCCUCCCCCGGCCUGGCCCUGCCUCCUCUGGGGAACCCAGGCAACCAGGCCUUCCUAUGGGAGGGAGAGCUCCAGGAGGUCCAGGGGAGGAUCGAGACGUUCACAGCCCAGCUGAGAGACGCCGUGGCCAGGAGGGCCGAGAUACAGACCUGCCUGGAGAACCAUAAAAUGAACCAGAGCACAGCUACUGCUGUCAAACUGGAGAAAGACAAGGUUGGCCAGUCACAAAGCCUGGAGAGAGUGAGAACCAACGCAGAGAAAGAUAGAACCAAGGAAGAGAGAGAGGGGCUCAACCAGGAGAAAGGGAGGAGUGGCAGAUCAAACCUCUGUUGCAGCCUGGACAGAAACAGAGACAGAGACAGGACAGGCAGGGACAGUUCCACUAUGAGACAAACAGCAAGACAGGACACAGACAGGGACAGACUGUUACACCAAUCAGAAACUGAGAGAGACCGAGAUGACCAAUCAAAAAGCCUGGACAGAAAUGGGAGCAGCCAAUCACAUGCCUCCAACAUUCUGCAGACAGGGAGGAACAGCCAAUCAGAAGCUCUGACCAUCCUACAGAGGAGGAGAGAGAUCCAAUCAAAAACCUCCACCAGCCUGGACAGAGAGACAACCAACCAAUCAGGUGCUGUCAAUACACUACAGGGAGAAAGAACUGUCCAAUCACGUAACUCCACCAGCCUGGAGAGAGGAAGAGCCAGGCAAUUAGGUGCAGUGAAAGACCAGGCGAGGGGGAGAACUGUCCAAACACGGACAGGGGCUAGUCUGGACAGACUGAAAGCUAGCCAAUCCAGUGCCGGCACUGGGAAUCUGGUUAGAGAACGUCCCGCCCCCAUGGACACCCAGAAGAGUUUGUGUUAGUCGUUUGAUUGGUUAUUUAUUAGAACACAAAAUACCAAUUAGAGGGCUGGAAAAGAAUCUAACAGGUCCAAAUGAUGAUGAGUUUAAAAAAACAAUGACAGAGAUGUGGCACUGGUCCAUUUGCCUCUGAUGUCAACGGCUGCUGUCUGUUAACAAAAUGUCUGAUCAGAACUUUACCCAUCUACUGUUUGUCUCCACUAGGUGUGUUUCCUUUUUGUUUCUAACUACUAAUUGCUCGCUCUCUUCAUCUCAUACCCCUGGGUUGUGUUCACUAGGAACCAAACAGAAGCAAACAGAACAAAACGGGAAGGGACCUACCUGAAUUUGUCCAAUAGAAUCUCUCGUUUUUGUUGCAGAAGGUUUUUCUGUUUGGAGCGAACGGUUUCCGUUGCAAUGGUUUGUGACUACUGUACACACCCCAGGUCUGUAGUCAGUUCUCAGUGGGUCAUUCAAGGUACACAUGGGGCUCCUAAAUGUUCAAUCAAGUGCUAUCUCCGCCCGACCGGGUAAGAAUCGGCUAUCCCAGAGGGAAACUACACGUGUCCACUGUCAUUGUCCUGACUGAUCCUCUAUAAGGACCUUGAGUUGGUUUGAUACUAUGCAGUUGAAUUGAAUUUACUUGAAUGGCAUUUGUAUGUUGGAUGUCAUGGUGGUGUCAAAUGUAACUAUACAGUAACAAUAGUCAAACCUGGAAGUGGAUGAAAAAGGUGGAUGUGGAAAGAGAAAAGGCGGUUGUAUUUGAGCCUAUAGCAGGUGUUUUAGAAGAGAUGCAGGAUGCUAGGUUACCUGUAGAGGACUGAGGAGUGUUGUAGAUAUGUUGUUCUGGUGUUGAUGGGUCGUGUUCGGUGUCCCAUAAUUCUGCCUAUAACAACAGCUAUAUUCUCACACACAACAGAAUUGUAUCAGCAUAUUAUUGGGACUCGUAUCAUGUUGUUGUAUAUCAUUUCCAUAUUUUUAAAUUAAACAUUUAUAUACCGGU